GAGAUUGUGGAGACAACUUCUAUCGAUUCCGUCGUUCACCGUUGUUCGCAGCAGCCGUCAUCGUCAAAAGUCAUCUGCCCCUCCUGUUCUGCCGUCCAGCAGGGUGCGGAUUGUACCAUGGACUACGAAGAGUGUGAAGUACCACUCGAGGGUCAAGAGGUUGUUGUAAAAACGGAAGGAAAUGAAUAUGAAAAUGUUGUGCCUGAAGAUAUGGAAGGAGACCUAGACCUGGACAUUGAUUUGCAUAGACGUAUGGUUGAAACGGUUACACCGAUGGAAGUCAAUUUGGAACCUGAAAGUGUAGAACAGGAAAAUAAUUCCGAUGCAGGCACUUAUUACGUAAACUCAGCCAAUCUGGAUCCUAAGCAGCCGAUCGUAAAGAAAAACAUCGGACAACUGCGUGAUAUUCUUCAACUAGCAAAUGUGAAGUUUGAAAAUUCGGAAAAACAAGUGGAUGAGUGA